AAUGAUAACAGAGAACAUUGUGGUCCUGGCUUAUGACUUCCAAAGUUGGGAGGACACGGCAGAGGUGAUCAGCGACAUGGCGGAGCACUUCACCACCCGGCAGCAGCAGCAGUUGUUCCAGGAAUUCUACGAUGUCAACCACCAGUACUUCGGGAAAUCGGCGGCUGUGCUCUCGAAGUCCCUGGAAUCGGUGAAAGAAAACAUAGCCUGGGCCGAGGAUCAUCUGGAAGGUUUGGUCCAAUAUCUAGAGAGAAGAAAUGCCGGAUCCAUUCAGGGAGCAACUUCCAUAUUGGUCCUGCUACUGGCGGUGGUGGCCAGCCUUUUGGCCUGGCUCUGAUUAGCUAAUAAGUUGUGGAGAAAUAAAAAGAUUGCCGUUGCGCCAUUGCGCUGCGGGGUGAAA